AUGGCUGAAAAUGGUCUAUUUAUAGCCAAUUUUCGAGGUCCGCGGGCGGCAGGUGCGCCCUGUCGGUUGGGGCGGCAGGCCCCGCCCACGCAUUGGCGGGGGUUGCCGCCCUGGGAGGGCGCAGCUUUGCCGCCCAGUCGGUGGGGCGGCAAGGCCCCGCCUGUUUCUGGGCGCAGGUGUCGCCCAAGCUGGGCGGCAGGUGCCGCCCCAGGGGGCGUGGGGGGGCCAGGCCCCUGCCUGCGCGGGGCGUUUACAGGCCCCUUGCGGGCGUUGGGGGCGGCACGGCUCGCCCGCGCGGGGCCGACAGGCCCCCGCCCGCGCUGGGCGGCACGCCUCGGCCGCGCUGGGUGCGCAGGCCCGCGCGCACUGGGCGGCAGGCCUCGCCCCGCCGCGGGGCGCAAGGCCUCGCCCGCGCGGGGCGGCAAGCCCUUCGCCCGCCGCUGGGCGGCAGCCCUGGCCGGAAGUGGGGCGACAGGUGCCGCCCAGGCUGGGCGGCUGUGCCACGGCGUGCCCGGCGUGUCGGCUCCGCCGGCGGCCGGCGACAAGGCGCCGCGUGGCCGGUGUGGACACCGUGCCUUCGCUCCGGGGGCCUUUUUGGGAGUUUCCCUCACAACAUACCCAAAAACAAGUGUUUUUAGAACAUUUGAAAAGGAAAAGAAAAAACGGAGAUGUGAGUUUAAAGGUUCUCAGAAACUACCUCUUGGGGAUCCCUUGAAGAUUGAAUAG